CGCCGCGGGCGGAAGCGCGGGAGGGCAGGGCGGUGGCGCCGUCCCCUCAGAGGGGCGCUGGCGCGCGGGCAGCGGCUCUUCUGCCGGGAGCGGUCGGAGCACUGCACGGCUCGGCGAUGAGUGGCCCCCGCGCUCCAGGCCCCGAGGCCGGCGCCGCCGGGGCCGAGCCACCCGGCGCGGCGCUGAGCGUGGACGUGACGGGGCUGCUGGCGCAGCUGGCGCGCAGCUUCGCGCUGCUGCUGCCGGUGUACGCGCUGGGCUACCUGGGCCUGAGCUUCAGCUGGGUGCUGCUGGCGCUCGGGCUGCUCGUGUGGUGCCGCCGGAGCCGCGGCCUCAAGGCCACCCGCCUGUGCCGCGCGCUGGCGCUGCUGGAGGACGAGGAGCGCGCCGUGCGCCUGGGAGUGCGCGCCUGCGACCUGCCGGCCUGGGUUCAUUUUCCGGACACUGAAAGGGCAGAAUGGCUAAAUAAGACCGUGAAACACAUGUGGCCUUUUAUUUGCCAGUUUAUAGAGAAGCUGUUUCGGGAAACCAUCGAGCCAGCUGUGCGGGGCGCGCACCCCCACCUCAGCACCUUCAGCUUCACGAGGGUCGACGUGGGGCAGCAGCCCCUCAGGAUCAAUGGUGUUAAGGUGUAUACUGAAAAUGUGGACAAAAGGCAAAUUAUCUUGGACCUUCAGAUUAGUUUUGUAGGAAAUUGUGAGAUUGAUUUGGAGAUCAAGCGAUAUUUUUGUAGAGCUGGUGUGCAAAGUAUACAGAUUCAUGGCACCAUGCGGGUGAUCCUGGAACCGUUGAUUGGCGACAUGCCCUUAGUGGGAGCUUUGUCCAUCUUCUUCCUCAGGAAGCCACUUUUAGAAAUUAACUGGACAGGACUGACUAACCUUCUCGAUAUCCCCGGAUUGAAUGGUUUAUCAGAUACUAUCAUCCUGGAUAUAAUAUCCAACUAUCUGGUGCUUCCCAAUCGAGUCACCGUUCCUCUCGUCAGCGAAGUUCAGAUAGCUCAGUUGCGGUUCCCGGUACCAAAGGGUGUCCUCAGGAUCCACUUUAUUGAAGCUCAGGAUCUUCAGGGGAAGGACACUUACCUGAAGGGGCUUGUCAAGGGCAAGUCGGACCCGUAUGGAGUCCUUCGAGUUGGCAACCAGAUCUUCCAGAGCAAGGUCAUCAAGGAGAGCCUCAGCCCCAAGUGGAACGAGGUGUAUGAGGCUUUGGUCUAUGAGCAUCCUGGGCAGGAGUUGGAGAUCGAGCUGUUUGAUGAGGACCCAGACAAGGACGACUUUCUCGGGAGUCUUAUGAUCGACCUCAUUGAAGUUGAGAAGGAGCGCCUUUUAGACGAAUGGUUCGCCCUGGACGAGGUCCCCAAGGGAAAGCUGCACCUGAAGCUGGAGUGGCUCACGCUGGUGCCAAACGCCGUGAACCUCGAGAAGGUGCUGACAGACAUCAGAGCCGACAAAGACCAAGCCACUGACGGGCUGUCCUCCUCGCUGCUCAUCCUGUACUUGGACUCAGCGAGGAACCUUCCGAGUAUCUACGAGGGAGACUUUGGGUGUGGCUACUUAAAAGAGAGGCGAGCGUCGGGACUAGUGUUUUGUGAAAAUACUGCCUCAGUCUAUAGAGCACUCUUUAGUAACCCAUUAGAAUUUAACGCUGAUGUCUUGAAGAAGGCUGCAAUUCAGAAAGCUUUAAAGUCAGGGAAGAAAAUGAACAGCAACCCAAGCCCUCUUGUCCAGAUGUCCGUUGGUCACAAGGCCCAGGAGAGCAAGAUUCGGUACAAAACCAAUGAACCCGUGUGGGAGGAAAACUUCACUUUCUUCAUCCACAACCCCAAGCGCCAGGAGCUUGAAGUGGAGGUGCGAGAUGAGCAGCACCAGUGCUCUCUGGGGAACCUGAGGAUCCCGCUCAGCCAGCUGCUCGCCAGCGAGGACAUGACCAUGAACCAGCGCUUCCAGCUCAGUAACUCAGGUCCCAACAGCUCGCUGAAGAUGAAGCUGGCCCUCAGGGUGCUCCACCUUGAAAAGCAGGAAAGGUCUCCAGACCACCAGCACUCCGCGCAAGUCAAGCGACCCUCUGUUUCCAAGGAAGGGAGGAAAAUACCCGUCAGGCCUCAGAUGUCCGCAUCGCCAGGCACCGGUGACAGCAGCACAGCGCCGUCCUCCCCCGUCGUCGGGGGUGGCGAUAAGCCUGGCGUGGAAGAGCGAGCCCCGCCUGCAGAGGCCAGCCCUCAGGGGCCGCAAGACCUGGGCCGGAGCUCCUCCAGUCUCCAGGCCAGCGGCACCGGCUCCCCCAGCCACAUCUCCGUCAAGGAGCCCACCCCAAGCAUCGCCUCGGACAUCUCGCUGCCCAUCGCCACUCAGGAGCUGCGGCAGAGGCUGCGGCAGCUCGAGAACGGGACGACCCUGGGACAGUCCCCCCUGGGGCAGAUCCAGCUGACCAUCCGGCACAGCUCCCAGCGCAACAAGCUGGUGGUGGUGGUGCAUUCCUGCAGAAAUCUCAUUGCCUUCUCUGAAGAUGGCUCUGACCCCUACGUCCGCUUAUAUUUGUUACCAGACAAGAGGAGGUCAGGAAGGAGAAAAACACACGUGUCCAAGAAAACGCUGAACCCCGUGUUUGAUCAGAGCUUUGAUUUCAGCGUCUCUUUGCCGGAGGCGCAGAGGCGAACCUUGGACGUGGCUGUGAAGAACAGCGGGGGCUUCCUGUCCAAAGACAAAGGGCUUCUUGGCAAAGUUCUGGUCGGUCUGGCAUCGGAGGAACUCGCCAAAGGCUGGACCCAGUGGUACGACCUCACGGAAGACGGGACGAGGCCACACGUGGUGACGUAGGUCCCUGGGGAGCCAGUCGCCCUCCCCACCCCCGCCUGCCCAGCCCUGUGCUCGGGACGCACCGAUGCUGUUUUUGCCAGUUCCUGUCUCUGGUUCCUUCCCGGUUUUAUAAGACGUGUUGACCUUUUCGGCAUAUUCGGCCGGUAUGAUCAUUAAGUUUUGUAUGUUUCCUUUCCUCUGGUGUCUCCCGGUCACCCCCGCGUGUGGAGGAGAGAGGUGGGCGCUGUGCCUGCAGGGCUGCGUGCCAGCCGCCCCGCCAGAGCCGACGUCUGGCUGUGCUUUCUUACUGCCUUGUUUUGUACAUCACCGCGCGGUGCAAAUAGACUCUUUUUUAUAAUCUCUCCAUGCCAGUUUGAAUUCGGAAGAAAAUGGAUCAAGGAAAUAUAUAUAUAUUUUUCUUCGAAAACUUCGAUUCUUAAGACAAACAUCAUUUUUGUCUUUGCCGGAAAACGUUCUCAGUGACCUAUUUUGUGGUUUCUUUUUCAAAAGAGAAGCUGAAAGAGUGGUAAAUGUUAGUAUACUCCGCCCACGAUGAAUGAUGAGAGAAUGUAUCCACCUGUACACUUUCAUACAUAUAAAGAUAUAUUAUUGAGAAGGCCAUGGAAGUGGCUCGUAAGAAAAAAUGUAUAACUGAGUAAAAAUAUAAAAUAUGAAGAGCAUUGCCCUGGCUCAGAAAUCAUAGUGUGCCGACCUGAAAUCUCUUACAGAAAAUGGAAUGUCUUUUGUUUCAGUCGCUCGUUACAGCUUAUCCCUGACACAGUGCAGAUACUCAGUCCUGCUUUCCCUGAAAUAUAAUACAGACAGAUUUUUGAUAUUUGCCGUCAGGCUCUAGUUUCCCAGCCUUUUCGGUGUUUUCUCAGCCUAGAAAGAAAGGUGAAUUCAUGUCUCCACAGAGACUAUGAGACGGGUCAGGGGGUGUAGAUAGGAGGUGGUGGUGGCCGGCCCAUGUAUCUGUCUGGGUGACAUCACACGUGGGACAGAGAGGUCCCCAAGCCGGCGCUGGACACCCCUGCGACCCAGGGGUUUCCUGGUGUGUAACCACUUCCUGGGUUUCCUCACUUUAUGCAAUGACCGACCUCAGUACUGGCAUAUUGUUAGACAGCUUUUAUUUGGAAAUAAGAGUUUUCUUAGAUCACGGAAAGCACGUCUUCCCUGCAGAGCCCAAGCUUCUCGGGAGGUGAGGCUCUGCAGCCUGGUCGGAGCCGAGCGCUGAGCGCAGGGUGGAGGUGCAGAGAGAGCUUUAAGGGCUCUGGGUGUGUGAUGCACCCCAAAAUGGGGUAUAAAUAUUGGAGGAAAUCCGGCUUUGAGAGCGAGGCCGGCCAUCUCACCCUGAGUGCCCUCGCGGACCCGACCCCUGCGUGACCAGACCCGCCAAGGGCCUGCGUGGCUGCCGUCGCUGCCCCGGCACCUCCUGCUCUCCGGCCGCCUGCAGCUCUGUUUCUGUUUACACUUUGAGCCGUGGGUCCGUGUGCGGUGGGGUCUCAGCUGUGAUCCUGAAGACCAGGGCCCUCUGCAGCCUCAGCGAGACCCCUUUCCCUCCUCUGUCGGCGCCGAGGAAGCCGGUGGACGUGCGGGCCGCCGGGCGCUGCUCUCGAAUGCCUCACCCUGCCCUCUCGGUAGUAAGAGGCAGGUGAUUACGACCUCUGCUUGCCUGCCCAUGGCAUUCGAUGUACUGGGGAUUUUUUAAAAGUUAGGUUUGUUGACGGGCUUCUGGCACACCUUCUAAAAGGAGAGAAACACUUGUUGAAAUUUAUGAGACCAGUGAUUUCUGCCAGCAUCCCCACCUUAGAGGUUUUGUGGCACACGUGUCGCCUGUUCAGUCGGGCUUUCCUGGAGAGAAUGCUUUAUUUAAGCCAUUAGGCAAGAUGAUAGAAACCAAACCAAGCCCGUUCGCAGCACGGCACCCACCCUCUGUGGACGGCGGGGGCUGGACCCAGACCCAGCAGCCAGCUCCCUUCUCUCUAAAAGGAAAGAAGGGAAGCAAGGGGAUGGUUGGAAGGGCCCAGAACCCGUCCCAGGUAGGAGUCUGUCUGCAUGGCCGAUGGGCCUUCAGAGGGAACCUCUGUCCUGGGGGACAGCUGAGCCUCACCCCGAGGCCAGACCCCGCGCCCCCCUCUGUUCCCCAGGCCUUCAUCACCAGUGCUUAAUAGUCAGUUCUUCUAGGAAAAGGGAACUUGAACUUUUCUACAUGGAACCAAACCCAUGGAGGGAUGAUUAACAUUCAGGAAUUUGAAUUCUGUCACUUUGUGGCUCAUCCUGUGCCUUAAAGUAGGAGGAAUGAGGUAUUGCUUCAGGUGAAAACGGAAGAGGCCUCUGAGCUGUACUCGCCACAGUCUACUCCGUACAGAUGCUCCUCAUCAGGAGGUUGGCCCUCCUUUGCCAAAACCUAAGCCAAAUGCACAUCCGCCUGUGUGUGUUUAUCCUGUGGUUGUUGCUUUAACUCCAGUCUCGCUGGUCCCCCCGCUGCAGACGGAACGCGGCAGAGGGUUUUUUGUCGGUGGGGUUGUAGGAGGUCCUUUCUGCCCAACUAAUUUUCCAUGACAAUGCAUGUAUUUAUUCAAUAAAACUUUUAUGUUCGCUCA